AUGGGGGUUUCCAGGACAUCCAACUCGAACGACUCCAUCGUUAGACCAAAAGGAUUUUUCAUGAUCGGAUUUACGUCUUUACAGUUUGCUCAUUUAUAUUUAAUUUUCUUAGCAAUCGUUUACAUUUUAACGGUUUUGUCCAACUCCUUCAUCGUUUAUAUUAUAUGGACAGAUCAUAGGCUGCACGCUCCGAAGUACAUUGCGGUGGCUAAUUUGGGGAUUGUUGAUUUGGUGAUCAGCACAACCAUUAUUCCUGCUAUGAUCAAGAUGUUUCUCGCGAAAGAUAACUUUAUUUCCUACAACGCAUGUUUGACACAGAUGUUUUUUUAUUACUGUUUUGCCUCAUUAGAGUCACUUUCCCUCUGUGUACUUGCUUAUGACAGGUUGAUUGCGAUAUGUUUCCCACUGAGACAUAAUACUCUCAACACUCCCACAAGCAUGAUUAGCAUUUUAGCGAUUGUUUGGUUGUUUUGUGUAGGCGUCAAUGUGUUCUCGACCGCAAUUAUGACAAAACUGUCGUUCUGUGAUUCACUCAAUGUGUACAACUUUUUCUGUGGCUACACGUCGGUGUUCACACUAUCCUGUAAUGACAACAGAUUGCAGUGGGCCACCGCCACUUCUCUUGGUCUAAUUCUUACUUUUGGGCCCCUUAGUUUCAUCGUCUUAUCAUACGUGUGUGUUCUGACAGCUGUGUUUAGAAUGAAAAAUGUGGAGAGUAGGUACAAGGCACUCGCAACUUGUACAGAACAUCUCAUUUUAGUGGCGAUUUUCUACGUGCCGAAUCUGACGCUGUAUAUCAUUGAAUUUUUCUUAUUCCGCGCCGAUCCAGAUGUAAGAAUAAUGAACUUAUCGUUAGCAUCAUGCAUCCCACCCUGUCUGAACCCCAUUGUCUAUUCCCUGGCAACCAAAGAAAUCAAGAGCAGGAUACUCGCUAUGCUCCAGAAAGUCCAGGUAGCAACAUGGGCAGGACAGACCUAA